AGUGUUUCAGCCAUCGAAUUGCGCACGCACUCUACUACGCCAUUGAGCUGAACAGAAGAAGGAUUAACGGAACGGAAAACACAGUUAUGAGUACUCGAUCAUCAGGCCGUCCCCCUGCAAGGCAAGUUAUGACAACUCGAUCAUCAGCCCGUCUCCCUGCACGGCAAGGUACAGAUCCGUUGCAUUGCGAACGAGAGAUAAACGCCACAGUAAGGACAUAUCGAAUGCAGAAAGAACCAUUUGGAGCGCUGUUGAUAUUCUACAACACAGAAUUUGAUAAUUUACCCGAAAUGGAAAGCUGCAGAAAAGAUGCUGACCUGAUGGAAAAAACAUUCAGAGAAAAAUUUAGUGGAAACUUUCGAAUUUCUCGUUUCGAAAACAAGAACUUGUCCAAAAUAACGUCUAUCUUGAACAACUUGAAGUCGGAUUCUACCUUAAUACCCACGGAUUCGAUGUUGAUGUGCUAUUUCUCAUCCCAUGGUUCUCGCGAAGGUCUUGUGACAAAGAACGGAGAAAUUCUACCUUAUGAUGAAAUUUAUAAACAUUUGAGAAACGAUGAAUUGCUUUGUAUGAAUGGGAAACCUAAACUUGUUAUGCUGGAUUGUUGCCGGGGGACAAAGAAUCACGUGUUCCAACAAAAAUUGGCUGGUGCAGGUUUGCAUUCCAAAAAAAUCCAUUCCGAUAUGGCUAUUCUGAAAGCUUCACCCGAGGGUUAUACGACCUUUGCUUUCGAGAAGCAACCAAGUGUUUUCACGAAAGCGUUUUGUGGAGCAAUAUCAAACAGUAUAACCCUCGACUAUACGGAUAUUGUUCACGAAACAACUGCGAAAAUUAAACAGAGCAAGUUUUCAAAACAAUGUGUUCCAGAGAGUACAUCAUACCUUGAUGCAAGACUAAUCUUCAAGACUUCCGAUACGUAAACUAUGGUAUGACAAUCUGGGUCAAGUUCCAAAAAUGAUAUUUUAGUUUGCACUUGUAUUGCAUACAGGUGACACAACAAGUGCAUGCAUAUUAAUAAAAGUCGAUUUAAGCCAAUGAUUUGAUUACUAGUAGUUUAAAUCGAUAGUUUAAAAAACCAAAGUUAUGCAUGUGUUACAAAAAAACAUUCAAACCUUUUUUACGUUUCUGUUUGUUGUUUCUCACUUUUUUGGCUAUGGUUUGUGUAUUUUGAUUGAGGGUGAAUGUUAAUCGCAAAAUUAUGGAUUUUUAUAAAUCGCUAUUAAGUAUUACAUUGAUUAGGGCCUUUCACAAUAUUGAAAUGGAUGAGGUAGGCCAACAAUAUAAAAGCAUCAUUGUUUGUAUUUUAAUAAAUAGGUACGAGGUACAAUAAAUUGAAACAAUUAUGUUGAACAAGUUUUUGUGUAAUAAAAAACUCGUUUUUGUCGAGGUGUUCCAGACCAUUUAAUCAUCAAUGUAUUGUGGUUUCUCGAUGAUAUAUUACUAAUUCUAUUUUUUUAUUGAAUACAUCAAUACAAAGUAACUUAAAUUAACGUCCUGUAUAUAUUGUGUAACAUAGAUUGUUUACUUAACUCGUAUUACUAUAGAUCUAUUCUAUGUAAAUAUUGUUUGAUACACUCUGUUUAUCGGAACUCUGUCGUCAAUGUUACUGUUGUUUGAACAAAUAUAUUAAUCGGAACUCAUUAUAGAAGUAACAUCUAUUUUAGUUGAUCCUUCAUGCUAUAAAUGUUAUCUGUGCAACUGUUGUUUGAUACAAUAUAUUAAUCAGAGCUUAAUAUAUUCUUGCUGAACCAACCUUCUAUAAAUGGAAUAUGUUCUACUUUGGUUCGAGGAAUAUGUAUAGUAGAACUCCUAAUUGAAACUAUACUUCAAAUGCCUAGUCUUACUAUAAAUGUUGUUACAGUUUUUUUAUGAAUUGAUGUUAUUCAGAAUGCAUUUUUAAAAUAAAUCAUAAAUUAUUUUUACCCAUCGUAUAUCAAUGGAAACUGUGCUACUGUUGUUUAGAAAGAAAUAUUAAUCAUAACUCUUUUUUUAAACCAAUUAUGUUUUAGUUAACUCGCCUUCUUUGAAUCUUAUUUAUGUUACUAGUGUUUGAGGAAAUAUGUUCAUUGAACUCAUACUUGGAUAAUAAAAGGUUUAAGUUUAUCUUACUAAAUCAGAAAACUGUGCAACUGGUUAGUUUUGUAAUUUAAGCCACAUUUUAAAGGUAUUCAUCAAUGCUUGUGUCAUUUCUAGAUGAAUUGCGCUAAGCAUUUGUCAAUCAAAUCUGUACCAACUUCUUCAUUUAUAUUUGUUUAAAGAUUCAUGUAUCUCAACUAAGAGAAAAUAUCCAUUAAUAACCCACCAUAAAACAAGCAAAAUUCAGUAUUCUACCAGUUUCAUGCUCAAUUAUAUGCAUGCCAUUGAAACUGAAAUAAAUCCUAAUAGUCACUGGUUAUUAAGACACUUGACGCUUAUCAUUUAUACUGUCCGUACCUUUUCAAAUUCUUCACAUUUUCAGAGAUGCCCACAACGCCUAGAAUUUGUAAACAAUAUUUCUUUUUUUUCAACAUAUUGCGUUGUUGGCGAAUAAUUAGGCAGUUCAUCUAAAUGUUUCUGUUUGAACUUGCCAACAAGCUCACAUGAUUGCCCACUUUUUAAGUUUUCAUAUGUUAAGGUGACGGAUUCGUAUGUUAUAUGCUAAAAAGAUAAUUUCUUGAUCAUGACUAAACUUUGUCUGCCUAAAUAGGAAAUGCUCCUGUAUUGUUUUAUUGAAAUAAUCGAGCACCAGUACCCAAAAAAUGACUCAUUUCAAUUGUCCGAUUAUCUGCAUUUUGUCUGAAACUACGAAACUAACCAGUACUGUUAUUUAUUAAAAUAUAUAAAUCGGAACUCUUUAUUGAAAGCAAAUUGUAUUUUAGUCGAGUCCUCCUAAUUUUGAUAUAAAUAAUGCAUGUCAUAAUACCCUACAUAUUGUUUUGAGUUGUCAUUACCUGUAAGUCACACUAAGGUACAAUUUUGUGUGCAUUGCCUCAGCGUUUAAUCAACCAUUGAACCCUUUGAGGUUUAAUGAUCGGAAACCGACUGAACAUUGCCGCGUAAUUUAAUGGGACUCGUUCACAUAUUGCUUGUUGGCAGUUUUUUUUAAAUUGUUGAAAUUGAGUUAUUCUACUUAUUUUCAUGAAAAUAAUCAAGUAAAUCAAAGUCUAAACAGAUUUAAUACUUACGUUUUACGGAUGAUAGAGCAUCUUUUGUCACAUAUUCCAAUACGUAUUAAGGAAAGAGCUAACUCGAACUUUUGUUUUUUAUUGCUACCAGCAUUUUUUCCACAAUUCACACAAAAAAAAUAUUGAUGUCUGAUCCUAUUAAACGAGGACGAGUCCUUUUAAACGCACUGUGAUUUCACUGUUGACUCGACGGCUGUUUUACCUUGAUGAUAAAAUGUAUGUGUUGAAAUUUAAAUAGCUGUGUGUGUUUUAUUUAAUAUUUGAUUGUUGUUGUUGUUUUUUUGGGUUUUUUUUUGGGAUAACGUAGCUAAGAUAGUGGUAUAUAUUGGGAAUUAUUAAUGUAUGCCUGAACUGCAUAGUUAAGGUAUAUUAAAUACUAACUUAUUUGCUUAUUUGUGUAAUUUCUUCAUAAGGAUUCAAACGCUCUUUGGUAUGGUAAAAAUAGUGUUUUCUAGUAGAUAUGACAUAUUAACCACUAUAAUUACAUGUGCAAGUAUUACCUUUUUUCUGUGUGUAUGUGUUUUCUCUCUUAAUAAAUUUUCUGCAAAAAAUCGGUUUUAGUAUCUUCAUGACAGUUUAAUGUGAAAAGGAUGUGAAUAGACUGCAUUGGGAACUCCGGGAUUUCCGUCUAUUCCGUUAGCAACUUCAGGUACAUAUGUAGCAUUCAACGGAUCGUUAACACUCAUUGAGCUGUUUAAUUGAUAUUUUCAAAUAGAUAUUCCUAGUAGAGAGAAAAACACGCUUGUUCGUCUUGGUGCCCUACAAGCAAACUGAUAAACGCCCAUGCAACGAAUCAAACCCGGGACGCUUGGGUGAGUUGCGAGUGCGUAACCAUUACAUUUACCGGACAACUGGUUUCCAUCAAGACUUAAUGCUCCGUUAGCAUUACAUGUUUUACACGUUCUUCUGUAUACAAUACAGUUCUGGUACAGUCAGAAGCAUGAUUGGAAAGAAAAAAUAAAAUGGACGAAGCCUUUACAAUUUAUGGAGUACAUUCGAUGUGCAGGACAUCAUGUUGGCCCGCAUUCUUCUAAUGCCUUCUGUUACAUUGGAAUUAUGAAAGCCGCCAGAUAACGUCCCUUAUAGUGUUUUGAAAACAGAUCUGCAAGAAAAGACGGUUUUUAUUCUAAAACCUUAAUCUAGAAUUAUGAGAAUAUAAUAUUGUGGUAUAUAUCACGUUGAUUUCUGCAGAAUUGUAUUUCACUACGUCUCGUAAAAUCCGAAACUGCAAAAAAUCCACUCGAGUCGAAUACAACCUCCCGAAUCAAAACGCAGUACUAAAAACCCUAUUACAUAUUUUUUUCUUAUUUGAUAAUUCGAGAGACAUAUUCAAUAUAAUUAAUUAUUGGCGACCGAAGGCUCUGUUUGAUAAAAACACCGAUUAGAUUAAUCACCAGAAUGAUAAUAUUAUGACCAACAACAUAACACCGCACAAUUGGUAUCCAUUGCGUAUUCAUAAUGGCGACAAUUAUUAGAAUUGUAAAUAAAGAAAGGUUUAAUGUCUCCUUUAUGCUAUAUUUAUUAUUUUGAGGUAUUAAAUCCAUAAAUAUGAUAAAUGGUGACCUCAUAUAAAUUUGAAUGUAUAUUAUGUCUAUAAAGGCGAUGAAAAAGAAAUGUUAGGAUAUGAACGAGAAAAAAAGUACCAUUCAAAGAAUGGUUCGAUUACUAUCAUUAUGGGAAAGUUGAAAGUGUUGCCUUGUUUUCAACGUAAUAUAUACAAUACUUAUUUUGAUCAAAAGCAUCAACGACGCCGCGAAUGUUUUGGAACAUGACUACCUGGAUACAAACAUUCAUCAGUUAUUGAACGAAUUCGGACUUUCAGCUCAAGGUAACCACGACCUUGACUUUUGACCAACUGACGUCACAACAGUAAGGGUGCUGGUUAUGUUUAAGGGACCUCUACCAAAUUCAAGGUCUCAAUCAUUGAUAGGAAACUGCCUAUUUUCAGCCUACGGUCACAACGACCUUGACCUUUAAUCAACUGACACCUAAAGCAAGAGGGUUCAUCUGCUGGUCUUGACCAACCUGCCUAGGAAGUUUGAGGUCCUCUGGCCAUAGAGUUCUCUAUAUAAUGAUCGGAACGGAUUUUCAGCUGAAGGUAAUCUUAAGGUUAUCACGACUUUGACCUUUGACCAAAAUGCCAAAAUAGCUUAAGAACCCUUGGCCUAAACGUUCCUCACAGAUCGAUCAGAAACCGUAGGGGUGGGACGGACAUACGAUCAGAGAACUAUAUGCAACCUUUUGAGGCAUAAAAAUACCAGGUGCUGUAAUACUAACAAUUAUGAACGUAAGGUUUAAUGUUUAGGAAAAUUAUAUACUCUUCAAGAUCAUAGGGGGUAGGAUAAUAAAAUCUGAGCUUGUGUUCGUCAAAUAUCUUAAGUCAUUUCUAAAACUUUUAUUCAAAAUCAGAUUAUUUUAACUAUGCAAAUCAUCCUUCGAUUUUUAUUCUGAGCUUUAAUGAAUUGGGUCCUAAGGCUCGUAACUCAAGCUUUAAAAAAAACCGUUGCCUACAAGUUUGGGGAAAAGAUGUUGAAUACCCAAUUAUAUUUGUCCAAAGCUUUGAAAUAACGGUAUACGACAUAGAUUUUUUCUAUCUUUAUGUGUUGUUUUUUUCUUUAGUCAGUUCAUACAAGUGUUUGUUCAAAGAGGUCGUUUUUGGUUUAAAUAUAUUUUAUAGUUUUAUUUUACAAUUAUAAAGUUGGCCGGUCUAUUUUGAUCACGUCCUUUUCCACCGUACAACAUGAAACUUAUUCCAAACUGACGUCGCGAUUUCACGCCAUUGAACGUCUGGUGAAUGUUAGACAGUCAAUACAUGUCUUUAGCAUGUAUAAUUCGUAAGGCUGUGUACUACUUUCUUGUAAUUGCAUGACUGUGUACAUGCAUUAUACAAUGUGAGACAAACGAAAAGGACCGUCCCGUUGUGAAGUUGUUUUAAACCAGUCAAUAAUUGCGGUGGAAAGUAUCAUUUAAAUGACAGUUCUGAAAUACUUUAAAUUUACUUUACCAUUUUAGACUAUUUUGAAAUCAAACUUAACAAUGUUACAAUGCAAAGUGUCAUUUGAAAAGAGAAUCUGUAAACUAUUUCGGUCAAACUAAAUUCUUACCCUAAAAAUUCUCUUUAUUCAGAACUCUAGGCAACACUUUAUGUUUUUAUAUUUUCAUUCAAUAAUAAUUGUCUCACUCUGUUUUUCUUGCAAAAUUGAAGUUUACUGUUCAAGACAAAACAAUCCUGAAGGUAUUUUAACAGAAUGUAAAGUACUUAGUACUAAGCAUGCAUUCCGAUGCCCUCGAAAAGUAGUUUGAAUAGAUGAAACAUUAGGCAUAUUUGCAUAUUGACAUCGCUUAUUCAAAUCAAUAGAUCGGUUUGCAUCGUCUGCUAUACGACGAUUUCAAAUAUCAUAGAAAAAUGUCGGCGUUCGUUAUCUUUGACAAAACAAUUUCACAGUGAGUUUAGAAUAUCGUGAAUUAUUUACGAACGAAAAGGUAUAUUUAAUCGACAUUCUUAAAGCACUCCGUUUAGACAGUAAGGAAGAUCAAUAAUUUGCACUGCUUAAUGACUCUUAACCAAUCAACUUAAUUCAUUUAUAAUUCUAUACAUGUAUGAAUAUAUUUUGGGCGCUCACGGCAAACACACACUAUAAACAUUCCGUACUGAUAUUUUCUUCCAAAAUUACUCAGACCAACGGGAUAUCAUAUUUAAUUUAUAGAAUACAAACACAAAGGUUCAGAAAUCAUAAUCGUUCGUUCCUUCCAGAUCUGGUUGAAAACAGCUAGGACGUACGGAACGACACCUGGCAUUUUCUUCUAACUAAAUGUGAAAGAGAAGCAUUUUAAGGCUGUAGUGCGUUUCUGGGUUGUUAUUUCGACUAGGAUGAUGGUCUGCAUAUCCAAUAAACUCCAUAAAAUGCUAAGUUUGCAUCUUUUCCGAUCGAUAACAUAUGCAUUUAAACUCUGUUCCUCAUUUACUUUAGGUCAAAUGAUAUCAUUUUUUUGUAAAACGCCUUGGUAUCAUUCAGAUGACAGUAUACUGGAGUUACCUGACAACGAGUAAAACAUGUAAAACAUGUUAUGUUCAAAAAACACUCGUCUGAUUGUAAACCAUAUGUCUGAUUAGCUCACUAGGUCAGCGCACUUGUUUCUUACCAAGGCAUCCCGGAUAUGAUUCAGGGCCUAAAGACCCAGGAGUUUGGCUGGUAAUCACUAAGUUUAUAACCGAGAUUUCUCCGGGCUCUUCGGUUUCCCACAUAACACAAGACCACUCUCUCGCCUAACAUCGUGCUAUGCUUGGCAAUAUAUGGAAUUCUUUCUUAACGGAAAAACUCCCAUUGAAAACUAUUCUGCAAUACAGAUCAGUGAAAAAAGACUUUGAUCUUCCAAUGCUAUAUAGUUUUCCUAUAACCUCUGUUAACAACACACUGAUUUUGCCUCAUGU